GAAAAGCAUUCCUAGCAAUGGCUGUGUGGAAUUUUCCUGCAGAAAAUGGAGCAGGAAGUGGAGAGCAAGGAUCUCCUCACUGCUGUUGACUAAACAUAUGCUAUCCAUAUGUUGGAUGCAUCAGCUAGCUGGGGAAAGGAAAAGCUGCAAUUGCUUCAGCUUGCUUUUUGUGCUAUCCAGAAUGAGCACACUGUCAUGGGUGCUAAAUUAAAGAAGAAGAAACACGAAGAGAGAGGCAGUCAUGCAGGGAUGAAUCCAUUCCGGAAGUGAUAGUGAUAAUUCAAGAAAUUUUUAGUGAUGGCUUCAGGCUUCACUUCCCAGACCUUUGUUCUUCCAAGCAAAGUUUAUUCUUUCACAUGAUGGACUCUGUUAAACAUACACACACAAAGUUCUUGUAUAACUAACCUGAACCUUCGCCUUUAAAUGCUCUGCCAAAUCCUUUACAAGCCCCCUUUCUCUUGAGGGAGAAGAUACAUUAUACUCAGUAAUGGAGCAAAACAACAACAAUGUAGAAGAUUUCUCUUUGAAUGUCUUUUCUGUCACUCCUUGUCAGCCAAACAGAUCUGAUGCCCUGGUGUCAGAUGGGGAUAAAGCUGGCACCACUCUGCUCUUUUCAGGUGUGUUUUUGGGACUGGUGGGGAUCACUUUCACUGUGAUGGGAUGGAUAAAAUAUGAUGGCAUUACUCACCUGGAGUGGACUCAGUUACUAGGGCCUAUUCUGCUGUCUGUCGGGGUGACUUUUAUUCUGAUUGCUGUUUGUAAAUUUAACAUGCUUACAUGCAAGCCCUGUAAAGAAAGAGAGGAAAAUGCAUCAGAACUUGACCAGACCGCAAGCAGACAGUCCUUUGUCUUCACCGGCAUUAACCAGCCUAUAACUUUCCAUGGUGCCACAGUGGUACAGUACAUCCCUCCGCCGUACCCAUCCCAGGAAGGCACUGCUGUGAGUCCCAGCUACCUUCACCCGGUGCUCAGCUGCUGUGGGGCUGUUCCCCCCAGCACCUCGCCGAUUCUCACCACGAGGUCUCCUCACUUCUGCCCUGCCUACGCCCUGGAUAACCUGGCUUUUACUGGAGAUGAGAACUACACUGCUUAUCCUACAGAGAAUUCCGGGAAUCAGAGGUUAGAAGACAGCUCUGAUGAACCAGAAGACUAUGCCCGUAAUAACUUGUCACCUCCACGUUAUGAGGAAAUAUACCCUCUGUCUUCAUAAAAUCAUCAUGGGCAAGAGACAACAAUCCUAAGAGAUGCCAGCAAGAAUCCCAAAAAAUCUUUUCUUUAAACACUUGUGUGAUAAGACAGUGUGAGCAAGAUCUUGGUAUUUAUAUACAGUUCAGUAUCACUGAAGAUACUUAACUGAUCCCUUUCUUUCUCUCUGUCAAAAUUUGUUAGCCCUUUGCAAUGCAGCUUAAUAGCAGAGCUAUUAAUUAUUUAACAGGAAAACUAUUAAUAGCAAAGCUAUUAAACUCAAGGAUCUAAAUCCAUAUUAGGAUUCCCCAACAAGAAGCUUGGUUUACAGGCUUGCUGAAACCAGUGUGAACUGUGAAUGCACAAGAUGUUUGUGGAAGAUCAUGAUUGCUCCUGGACAUUCAGCAUCUUUAGAAAAUACUUGAUUUCUUCUUGAUGUAUUUUCAUUCAUUUUCAUUUUGAUUUCAUUGAUUGCUUGAGAAACUUCAAAAGUGCUCAAGUGUCUGAUCCAUGAAAGUGUAUUUUAUGCCUUAAUUUUGUCUAAUUCUUUAGAAGAGCUUACUCAUUAGUAAGUCCAGUCUACAGAUUAGAUUUCCCCAGCUUGCUUUUCCUGGACAGGCAAGUCCAGUAGGAAUAUUUUGGAGCAUCCUGCUUGAACCACAGCAUCUCAGAACAGAGAAAACAAAUAAUGACUUCUGUGACUUUUACAUAGAUCUCUAAGACAUCCUACAUGCAUCAAAUUCAGUUCCCUUCCCCACCUGGUGGGAGGCAAAGCACAGUCUCUGACUAGGAGUCCUAAUAAUUAUGAGGUUAAUGUCACUAAAGAAAAAGGCAUUUUUCUGAAGCCUCGACAGAGAUGUGUGAUCCUACCACUGUGAAGGACUUCAGUGAUCACAGCUGCUGCACCCCUACUCUGUAGGAGGGCAGUGGUGAAACACCUCUGCGGUCCCUGCCUAUUUGAAUGUGGGUCUGAAUGUGGGUCUUAGGCACACAACCCAGGCUGCAGUUGCCCCCAGUAUGUAGACACUUGGGCUGUAGUAAACUUUCCUGCUCAAGUUCAGCUUGUUUCCAUGCAUUGAAUCCACAACAAUUUGAGAUUAGCUCAUUUGAUUAGAGAAUGGCGUUGCUGAACACUAAGACUGGGUUUGAUCCCUCUAUGCGCCAUUCAGUUUGGGUUUGGACUUGAUGAUCCUUGUGAGUCCCUUCCAAUUAACAAUAUUCUGUUACUCUGUGAGAUGUAUUUUCAGCUGUGUUUAACAAAAGAUGAAGUGUAUUAGCUCAGAAAUUUUGCAAUCCAGAAGGAAGAUACAAACAGCCUUUGCUCAGGAGCUUUUUCAACCUCAGAGCUAUGGCAAUGCUGUGAGUCUCUACAUCUUUAUUUUGUUUUUCCACGUAUGUUUCAGGUUCUGCUUUUGAAUGUGCCUAGAAGUGUGCCAGAGCUGGACAAGCCAGUAUUUUUCUAUGAUGAUCCCAUUAGGUUUGCUUAUCUCCUUCAGAGGGUUCAAAGCAAAAGCUGAUCUCAGCUCUCACCACACAAAACGCCCUGGAGAGCAAUGGUCACUGUCCAUAGUAACCAAGCGGUGCACUGCUGGUGUGCCUGUGGGUCAGUCUCCUGGCCUGGCACAGCAGGUGUCCAAUAUGGAAUGCAUACUUUCUCUUGCUCAACUUUCUCUUUUCUGCUGUUGAUGCAGCUGUCUCAGCUCUUGUCAGAUUUCAUCCACCUGUGAUUGGUCUCAUUCCUAGGGACUGGAGAAGCAUGGCAUCUGAGCACAGCCAGUUGCAGGCCAACCUGAUGUACCUGGCAGCUGGAAGUCUUGGAGUUUCUAUGCAGCUCCUCUAGCAAACAGGAGAGAUAGCUCUGGAAGGAGAUGGGCAGAACAUUGCCCAGCUGCAUGGACCUGCAGG